AUGGUCUCAAACAAGCACCUCGUGCUUGGUUUGAAAAGCUCAGCAACACUCUUUAUAGACUUGGCUUCACCACAGCAAAGUUUGACUCCUCCCUGUUCAUAUCCAUUACUCCAACCACCACUCUUUGUCCUAGUAUAUGUUGAUGACAUCCUUGUCACUGGAUCUUGCUCAUCUGCCAUCAAGUCCUUAAUUCACUCUCUGCAUCAAGCCUUCUCCCUUAAAGAUCUUGGUUAUCUCCACUACUUCCUUGGUAUAGAGGCCACAAAAACAGAAUCUGGAGGAUAUCAUCUUCAUCAGUCCAAAUACAUCCUUGAUCAGCUCAAGAAAGCUAACAUGCAUGACUGCAAAACCAUGCCCACUCCAAUGAUCUCCAGCUCCAAACUUUCAUCUCGUGAUAGAUCUCCUUAUUCUGCCCCUACACAGUACCGUUCCAUAGUUGGUGCCCUUCAGUAUGCUACGAUAACUAGACCUGAAAUAACCUUUAGUGUUAACAAGGUGUGUCAGUUCAUGCAAAAUCCCUUAGACACUCACUGGAAGGCAGUCAAGCGAAUUUUGCGUUACCUGAGUGGUACGGUGUCCCAUGGCUCAAUCAUCAAUCCUUCCUCUAACUUCAACUUAGCUGCCUACUGUGAUUCUGACUGGGGUUUGGAUCUUGAUGAUCGUCGCUCCACCAGCGGCUUCUGCAUUUUCUUUGGCUCCAACCUUGUUACUUGGUCUUCGAAGAAGCAGCAUGUUGUCAGUAGAUCUAGCACCGAAGCUGAAUACCGGUGCUUGGCUGCCACUGUUGCUGAGCUCACCUGGAUCCAGCCACUCCUUUCUGAACUUCGAAUCACCAUUCCACGCCCUCCUACCAUCUACUGUGACAACAUGUCAGCUGUUCUUCUCACCGCUAAUCCCUUUUUUCACUCCCGUACCAAGAACUUUGAGCUUGACCUCCAUUUUGUACGAGAAAAGGUGUUAGCUAAGCAAAUGUCAGUUCAUCACGUACCUGCUUCUGAUCAGCUAGCUGAUGGGCUCACUAAGGCUAUCUCCACUCCCUCAUUUGCUCAAUUUAAGUCCAAAUUGUGUGUUCUUGCGUCCAAGCCCACUCAGCUUGGGGGGGAGGGAUGA